CUUUCGCUCACUGAUGCGUUCCUUCUUCUUCUUCAGGGGCACGGCUCUGUGCUAUCCGGCUCUGUUAACCUGCCAAAGAAAAACAAAAUCUGCACUUUGCAAAGUAACUUGAAUGCAGUCUGUCGCUGGCACUGGCUUGUCUUCACUUUUAGAGGCGAACAAUAGCUGGUGCAAGACUUGCUUCAAUGCGUCCCUUCAUGUAUGAGAGAGAAGGAAGAGAGUGAAAUGAUGUAUGUUGGCUUGACAGCAAUGUAUGCCUGCAUGCAGUAGCAUACACGCUGUGUGUGUGUGUGUGUGUGUGUGUGUGUGAUGUCUGGAGACAGCUGUACCCUGCACUGGAGGAGCAUGUCUGCCACCAGCCCAUCAGAUUCCUCGCAUGCGUCUCCUCUGGCCACCGUCUCCAGGGACAGCAUCGUCCCGGUGAAGAUCAUCAAAGUGUGUUUCUUUAGCAACAGCUCCAACCUGGGCAAGAACUUCAAACUGGUCCGCUGUGAGGAAGGAUGGACUGUCAAGGAUGUCAUUAACAUGGUGCUGUCCAGCGGCUGCGUGGGUCCAGAUAUAACACACCGACUCUGCUAUUGCCUCCUCCUCAAACACCUCAAGUCCUCAGUGGUGCACUGGCUGCACCCGGACCUGACCGUGUCCGAACUCACCCAGCGGUACGAGCAGCAGCACCUGGAGGCCGAGUGGAGAUAUGACCUGAGGGUCAGAUACAUCCCGUCAGACUUCAUAGAGGAAUUCAAAGAUGACAGAACCACAAUGCUCUACCUUUACCAGCAGGUACGAUGGGACUACAUGCAGCAGUAUGCCUCAAAAGUCAGCGAUGGGAUGGCUCUACAGCUUGGUUGUCUGGAAAUUAGGAGGUUCUACAAAGACAUGAAUCCAAACGGACUGGAGAAAAAGUCCAACUUUGAACUAUUAGAGAAGGACGUGGGUCUGGACCUGUUCUUUCCCAGAGAGAUGAUCAACAGCAUGAAGCCCAAACAGCUACGCCGGCUGAUCCAGCAGACGUUCCAGGGCUACUCCACUCUGAAGCAGGACCAGUGCAUGGCCAGGUUCUUCACCACUCUGGCCCAGUGCUACAGCUACACACAGGAGCGCUUCGCCUGCAGGCUGGUGCAUGGCUGGAAUCUAACAAUAGACCUGGUCAUCGACCCUGAAGGCAUCAGUCAGCAAACUGAAAACUCCAAGCCCAUCCGUCUGGCCACGUUCUCUCAGGUGCGCAGUAUGUCCUGCUCUGCUGAGAGUGAUGGCCAGGCUCUGCUCACUGUGCACAUAGAGGGAGCCAAACAGCCGCUGUCGGUCAACACCUCCUCCCUGGCCGUGGCAGAAAACAUGGCCGACCUGAUCGAUGGCUACUGUCGGCUGGAAGGCGCCUCUGAGAGCUCGCUCAUUAUCCGACCCAGCAAAGGGAGAGAUGCAAGACUGAAAUUACCUGACAUCCCGCAAAGUGGUGGUGCCAGUAGUCCUGAUGGAGGUCUGAGUUCGGAUAUUUAUGCAGAGAUUUCAGAGGGCAAAGAAGACUCCGGUGAGAAGCACAGGAUGUCCAGAGACGACGUCGUUGUGGGUCGGAUCCUGGGCGAGGGGUUCUUCGGAGAGGUUCACGACGGAGUUUAUAAAAGCCCAACGGGAGAGAGGAUCUGUGUGGCCAUCAAAACCUGUAAGGACUUCUCGGCUGAAGUAAAAGAGAAGUUUCUCAGUGAAGCUGGCUUGAUGAAAAAUCUGGAUCACCCCCACAUCGUGCGUCUAAUCGGAGUCAUCGAGGUCGACCCUGUCUGGAUCGUCAUGGAGCUCCUUGAACACGGAGAGCUGGGGAGCUAUCUCCUGCAGGAGCAGUACAUCCUGACCACUGCAACGUUAACACUGUACUGUCUGCAAAUCUGCAAAGCCUUGGCUUACCUGGAGGGACACAACAUGGUGCACCGAGAUAUAGCGGUGAGAAAUGUCUUGGUGGCGUCUCCCAAGUGCGUCAAGCUCGGCGACUUUGGCCUGUCUCGCUAUGUAGACGAACAAGAGUAUUAUAAAGCCUCCGUAAGUCGAUUACCGAUCAAAUGGAUGGCACCCGAGUCUAUCAACUUCAGACGCUUCACCACAGCUAGUGAUGUCUGGAUGUUUGGUGUGUGUGCGUGGGAGACCUUCUCGAUGGCCCAGCAGCCGUUCUUCUGGCUGGAGAACGGGCAGGUGAUCAACCAGCUGGAGUCGGGGGUUCGACUCCCCAAGCCGCGGCAAUGCCCGCCCACCGUCUACUCCCUGCUCAGCCGCUGCUGGGCCUAUGAGCCGCACGCCCGGCCCAGCUUCAGCCAGCUCGUCUGCUUCCUGAGUGAGUCCCACAGGAUGGAGCUGGAGCAGGAGCUGAGGCGAGACCGAUCCCACUCCACCACAUCAAUGCUGGACCCAAAGCACAUCACAGAGCCUCCGCCCAAGCCGUCCAGAAUACACGGCAAUACUCUUCCUCGAGUCACGCACAUACAGGGAACAGACAGGGACACCAGGCCGGUGUGGCAGAAAGAGAAAGAGCGAGUGGAGGACACUUUACAAAGACAAAGAAGAGAGAUGCUGGUGGAUAAACAGUGGCUGGAGCAGGAGGAGAGACAACUGGAUCCUGUUGUGAGAGUGGAUUCACACAUCAAGCCUCCUGAAAAAAGCCCAGAAAAUGGUCCUCUAGAAAAGCCCCCGAUGCCUCCCACAGCCACACAGCCUCGGCCCACAGCUGAGCUGGACCGAUCGGGUGACCAGGUCUACACCGGCGUCAUGGCGAUGGUGAAACAGGUGGUCAAGCUGAAGAAUGACGUCAACACUCUGCCGGCCUCAGAGUAUCCCAACGCUGUCAAAGCGGCGGGGAUCACUCUCCGCAGCCUGAUCCAAAGCGUGGAUGAGAUCCUGCCCACCCUGCACAGCUCGGUCACCACAGAGAUCGAGGGCACUAAGAAGCUGCUGAACAAGGAUUUAGGGGAGCUGAUCAACAAGAUGCGACUGGCCCAGCAGAACUCGAUGACGUCGCUGAAGGAGGAAUGCCAGCGGCAGAUGUUGGCGGCCGCUCACACUCUGGCUCUGGACUCCAAAAACCUGCUGGACGCCGUGGACCAGGCUCGGGUCCGGGCCAACCUGGCCAGGCCCAGACCUCCAUCGCAAGGUGCAGAGGAUUCUGGGGAAUGAAGUUCCCCUCGCUGAUCGAAGGGCCUCUGGUUUAAAUCACGGACACGAUGUUCAGGUUGAAGAAUGAGCGGAGGAGUUUGUGUGAAGCACUUCCUGUACUCAUGCGAAUGAAAGAUGUCAUAUUAUAUUUGUAUUUUCUCUCAAAAAAAUACAAUCAUGUUAAGUUAAACUGAGCGUUUCUUGAAGUUGAACAAAAUAUACAACCACAAUGUAUAAAAGCAAUAAAGUUAUACUGUUUUGUAUUCUUUUUACUAUUAAAGACAAUGUGAUUUUGCACGUU